CCCGCGCCCCCACAACAGCCGCCCCGGACCGAGGCGGCGCCCCCCGAGGCGACCGACGAGUGCGGCCCGCGGGCCCGGCUCCGCAGCCGCGACAGCUCGUGCGGCCGCCCGGGCACCCCGGGCGCCGCGAGCACAGCCAAGGGCAGCCCAAAUGGCGAGUGCGGGCGCGGCGAGCCGCAGUGCAGCCCAGCGGGUCCGGAGGGCCCGGUGCGGGGGCCCAAGGUGUCGUUCUCGUGCCGCGGUGCGGCCGCCGGGCCCGCGCCGGGGCCGGGCGCUGGGCCAGCGCCGGCGGAUGAAGCGGGCAGCGAGGAGGCGGGCCCGGCCGGGGAGCCGCGCGGCAGCCAGGCCAGUUUCAUGCAGCGCCAAUUCGGCGCGCUCCUGCAGCCUGGCGUCAACAAGUUCUCGCUGCGGAUGUUUGGCAGCCAGAAGGCCGUGGAGCGAGAGCAGGAGCGUGUUAAGUCAGCGGGGGCCUGGAUCAUCCAUCCGUACAGCGACUUCAGGUUCUACUGGGACUUCACCAUGCUGCUGUUUAUGGUGGGAAACCUCAUCAUCAUCCCCGUGGGCAUCACCUUCUUCAAGGAUGAGACCACGGCCCCGUGGAUCGUGUUCAAUGUGGUAUCGGACACUUUCUUCCUUAUGGACCUGGUGCUCAACUUCCGCACGGGCAUAGUGAUUGAAGACAACACAGAGAUCAUCUUGGACCCCGAGAAGAUCAAGAAGAAGUACCUGCGCACAUGGUUUGUGGUGGACUUCGUGUCCUCCAUCCCUGUGGACUACAUUUUCCUCAUUGUGGAGAAAGGCAUCGACUCUGAGGUCUACAAGACGGCGCGUGCCCUGCGCAUUGUGCGCUUCACUAAGAUCCUCAGCCUUUUGCGGCUGCUGCGUCUGUCACGCCUCAUCCGCUACAUCCACCAGUGGGAGGAGAUCUUCCAUAUGACCUAUGACCUGGCAAGCGCAGUCAUGCGCAUCUGCAACCUCAUCAGCAUGAUGCUCCUGCUGUGCCACUGGGAUGGCUGCCUGCAGUUCCUGGUGCCCAUGCUGCAGGACUUCCCGCGCAACUGCUGGGUCUCCAUCAACGGCAUGGUGAACCACUCAUGGAGCGAGCUCUACUCCUUUGCGCUCUUCAAGGCCAUGAGCCACAUGCUGUGUAUUGGGUACGGCCGGCAAGCUCCUGAAAGUAUGACUGACAUCUGGCUGACCAUGCUCAGCAUGAUUGUGGGUGCCACCUGCUACGCCAUGUUCAUCGGCCAUGCCACCGCCCUCAUCCAGUCACUGGAUUCCUCACGGCGCCAGUACCAGGAGAAGUACAAGCAGGUGGAGCAGUACAUGUCCUUCCACAAGCUACCUGCCGACUUUCGCCAGAAGAUUCAUGACUACUAUGAACACCGCUACCAGGGCAAAAUGUUCGACGAGGACAGCAUCCUGGGAGAGCUCAAUGGGCCCCUGCGGGAGGAGAUUGUCAACUUCAACUGCCGGAAGCUGGUGGCUUCAAUGCCACUGUUUGCCAAUGCUGACCCCAACUUUGUCACAGCCAUGCUGACCAAACUCAAGUUUGAAGUCUUCCAGCCGGGUGACUACAUCAUCCGUGAGGGCACCAUUGGCAAGAAGAUGUACUUUAUCCAGCAUGGCGUGGUUAGCGUGCUCACCAAGGGCAACAAGGAAAUGAAGUUGUCUGAUGGCUCCUAUUUUGGGGAGAUCUGCCUGCUCACUCGGGGCCGGCGCACGGCCAGUGUGCGGGCUGACACCUACUGCCGCCUCUACUCACUGAGUGUGGACAACUUCAAUGAGGUGCUGGAAGAAUACCCCAUGAUGCGACGUGCCUUUGAGACCGUCGCCAUUGACCGUCUAGACCGCAUUGGCAAGAAGAACUCGAUCCUGCUCCACAAGGUGCAGCACGACCUCAACUCGGGCGUGUUCAACAACCAGGAGAACGCCAUCAUCCAGGAGAUCGUCAAGUAUGACCGUGAGAUGGUGCAGCAGGCCGAGCUAGGUCAGCGCGUUGGCCUCUUCCCGCCUCCACCACCACCACAGGUUACCUCGGCCAUUGCCACGCUGCAGCAGGCUGUGGCCAUGAGCUUCUGCCCACAGGUGGCGCGCCCGCUUGUCGGGCCAUUGGCCCUGGGCUCGCCACGCCUCGUGCGCCGUCUGCCCCCAGGGCCCGCGCCUGCUGCCUCGCCCGGGCCCGCGGCCCCUACCAGCCCCCCGGGCGCGCCUGCCAGCCCUCGGGUGCCGCGGACCUUGCCCUAUGGCGGCACGCCCGGCUCGCCUGCUGCUCCCCGGGCUGGGCCUGCCCUGCCUGCACGCCGCCUGAGUCGCGCGUCUCGCCCGCUGUCCGCCUCACAGCCCUCGCUGCCCCACGGGGCGCCCGGCCCCACGGCCUCAGCGCGCCCAGCCAGCAGUUCCACGCCACGCCUGGGGCCCGCGCCCGCAGCACGGGCCGCUGCGCCCAGUCCGGACCGCAGGGACUCGGCCUCGCCCGGCGCUGCCGGUGGCCUCGACCCGCUGGACUCCGCGCGCUCGCGCCUCUCGUCCAACUUGUGACCCUCGCCAUGCCGCCCCUCGGCCAGGGCUGGCCAGGGGUGGCCUGUCAUUCAGACCAAAGCCAUGCCAUUGCGCGCUGCCCCGCGCCUGCCCGCCCCAGAAGCCAUAGAGACAGUAGGUAGUUGUAGUCGGAUGGGCGGGCUAGGCUGGCGGGGGAGCCUCCUCCAAACCCCCAGCCAUCACCCCUCACCGCCCUGCGCCCACCCCCAUUGCCCCUGGCCCCCAUCCCCCCAGCCUCGUGUGCGCGUGCGUGCGAGGGGCUCUCUUCACCUCGGUGCCUCAGUACCCCCAACUGUAAGGUGGGAAAGGGGUGGCCGGUGGCCUGGAGGAGACGGCUGUGCAGUCCAGCCCGCCCCCACCUCUUAGGUGGCUUUACGAUGAGGAUUGUUUUUUAAGUGCAAUACUUGGCCUGCUGGCUUCCUGCUGCCCCCACCGCGCUCACGCAAUAACCGGCCUGGCUCUGUCCCUGUGUGCCCCAUGGUGCCCUCCCUGGAGUGGGAAGCUCCCAGCACCGCGCCAGGAGAGGGGUGGGCCAUCCUGGCCGUGAGGGCAAGGCCGGGGUUCAACGUGGUGAUGAAUGUACUGAUGAGGCGAGGAAGCAGCGCCCCCACCGCGGCCCCCCGCCCCAUUAACCUUCACACUCCCAUUCCGCGCAAUAAACGACAGCAUUGGCGCC